AUGGCUGCGCAUUCGGGUUCAGAAUCAGAACCAAGAGCGGAGGACGAAAAGCCAUUGACCGGAACGCGCGUGCUGCUAGUGGAGGACACUCUGGCCUUGCAGACGAUCGGGAAGAAGAUACUGCACCAGCUAGGAGCAACUGUCGAAGCGGCAGAGGACGGAGCCAAGGCCGCCAGCAUGUUCGGAGCUGCUCUCGAGCAGGCCGCAGCUGGCUCGGGAACGGUCGCAGCGUCCACUCCCUACGAUGUCAUCCUCAUGGAUUUCCAGAUGCCCGUGAUGGACGGCUACGAGGCGACAGGGCGCAUCCGGGAGGCGGAGAGCCGCUGCGGGAUCCGCCGCACUCCGAUCAUCGCCCUGACCGCGCACGCCGUGGAGGAGGAGGCGCGCAGGACCAUCCUCGCCGGGAUGGACCUCCACCUGACCAAGCCCAUGGAGCGGAGGAGCAUAGCAGAAGCCGUCCGCCGCGUGCGCGGAGGCCAGGGCCCAGGGAUGACGACGACGACGCUGCCUGCGCCCCCGCCGUGCCGUUGCAUCGAUCAGAGAUCGCCCGGUGGUCACAGCACGCGUGACGGGUGA